UGUGCUGUGUCCCUCAGACACAGCAGAUCACCGAACCACGGAAAGAGCCGAAGAUGUCGGCUCGGUCAUGUGAUCAGCUAUGUCCAAUCACAGCUGAUCACAUGGGACAUGUACACUGAUCAUCAGAGCACUGAUGAUCAGUGUGCCCUGAUGAUCAGUGUAGCCCCAGAAGUGCCACCUAUCAGUGUCCAUCAGUGCCAUCUGUCAGUGCCCGUCAAUGCCACAUAUCAGUGCCUACCAAUGCACAUCAAUGCCACAUAUCAGUGCCCAUCUGAGCUGCCUUUCAGUGUCACCCAUCAGUCCCAGUCAGUGCCACCUAUCAAUACCAAUCAGUGCCACCUAUCAGUGCUGACAAUCAGCGCCGCCUAACAGUGCCAGUCGUUGCUGCCUAUCAGUGUA